UGUUCCGGGACUUGAGGCUGCAGUCUCUGCCGGUUCCUCCUGCACAGUUCAGCUCUUGGCUAGCACCUCGGUCCUUCUGUGGACCACGGGGUUACUUAGCACUAGUCCCCGGGCGCGGGGGUGCCAGCCCCAACUGCAGCCAUCCUUCUCUGACCAUCCAUUCUCUGCUUUACAGCUCAGCAGCUUCACGAUCCUGUGUGUCACAAGCCUUUCGGUGGGCACCGAACACGCCUGGGACCACAAAGUGAGAUGUUGUUCGGACAAUUGCUCUAAGUGACUCCACACUGGGCCCAGGUCGCUCUAGCUUCUGGCCACCGUCUGAGAGGCGGCGGCAGAGGGGAUGAGCACCGGACGCGCAAAGCGCCUACCGCGAGCUAUCCCCGGGAGGUGGACUCCAAGCAGGGCUCCUCGAAGGACCGCGCGGACCUUUACCUCCCCCGGUACAAGGUGGCGAAAGCUUCCUGUUGCGCCUUGAGUCCGGAUGCUCUGGGCAUCUCCCUGCUGCUGAGAUGUUCCGCUUCCAGUCUCUGCCAUCCCCAGCCCGGGUCUCAGGAGGGGUGGACUGAGUGGGCCCCGCAUCAGCCCCUUGUGCAGGUGGAUGAAAAGUGCCGGAGGCCUUGCAUGGGAUCAGCGACCACACUUUAAGAGCCAUGGACGAAGGGGCUGCGCAGUCCCUGGCCCAAGAGCAGCUAGAGGCACCUUCCUUAGUAGGAGCUGUCCAAGAGAAGUUCGAGUCAGAAUCCUUCAGGUCUAAGAGUUUACCGGUCCUGCACAGCGCCUCCUGUCGACAGAAUCUCAGUGCUGGGAAUGCAGACGGCAAACUGGCCUUGGGCUGCGCUGAAGUUUCAGGUCGCCAAGAGAUGCACCUAGAACGGAACUUGAUAGUCCCCAGCCCUUCUGCUCCAUCCACUUCGGCAGGCACUACAACGGAACUUAUGGACUGUAACCACAGGAUGGACCCCAGCAAAACUGUGUCAGUAUCUUCCACUUUGGCCACACUCCAGGAGAGAAAGUGUCUCUACGUGGUCCUUACGGAUUCUCGCUGCUUCUUAGUGUGCAUGUGUUUUCUGACUUUCAUCCAGGCCUUAAUGGUCUCUGGGUACCUGAGCAGUGUCAUCACCACCAUCGAAAGGCGCUAUAGCCUGAAAAGUUCUGAGUCAGGGCUGCUGGUCAGCUGCUUUGAUAUAGGAAACCUGGUGGUGGUGGUGUUCGUCAGCUACUUUGGUGGCCGUGGGCGAAGGCCCCUAUGGCUGGCGGUGGGUGGACUUCUUAUCGCCAUCGGGGCUGCGCUCUUCACUUUACCUCACUUCAUCUCGCCUCCCUAUCAAAUCCAAGAGUUGAACGCUUCGGCCUCCAACGAUGGCCUUUGUCAGAAUGGCAACUCCACGGCCAUCUUGGAGCCUCCUCCCUGUCCCAAGGACUCGGGAGGAAAUAGUCACUGGAUCUACGUGGCUUUAUUCGUUUGUGCACAGGUUCUCAUUGGAAUGGGCUCCACACCGAUUUACACCCUGGGACCAACCUAUUUAGAUGACAACGUCAAGAAAGACAAUGCAUCCUUGUAUCUAGCCAUCAUGUACGUCAUGGGAGCACUUGGCCCUGCAGUAGGAUACUUACUAGGUGGGCUGCUCAUUGGCUUUUAUGUGGAUCCCAGAAAUCCUGUUCACCUUGAUCAGAACGACCCUCGGUUCAUCGGAAACUGGUGGAGUGGAUUCCUUCUUUGUGCCAUUGCAAUGUUUCUUGUGAUAUUCCCAAUGUUUACUUUUCCAAAAAAGCUUCCGCCUCGACACAAGAAAAAGAAAAAGUUUUCUGCCGAUGUCGUUAGUGACGAUGACAUAAUCAAGGAGAAAUCAAACACGAGCGAGCAAGUGAACAAAAAAGUUUCUUCAAUGGGCUUUGGAAAGAAUAUCAGAGACCUACCGAGAGCAGCUGUCAGGAUCUUAAGCAACAUGACAUUCCUUUUUGUGAGUCUGUCAUACACAGCUGAGAGUGCCAUUGUCACCGCUUUCAUUACCUUCAUCCCCAAGUUCAUCGAGUCACAGUUUGGUAUCCCAGCUUCCAAUGCCAGCAUCUACACUGGUGUCAUCAUUGUCCCCAGCGCUGGUGUUGGCAUUGUCCUGGGAGGCUACAUCAUAAAAAAACUGAAGCUUGGUGCAAGAGAAUCUGCAAAACUAGCGAUGAUCUGCAGUGGGGUGUCCUUGCUGUGCUUCUCAACUCUGUUUAUUGUUGGAUGUGAAAGCAUUAAUCUAGGAGGCAUAAACAUCCCUUAUACAACGGGGAAUCUGACAGGAAGCUGUAAUGUUAAUUGUGGUUGUAAAAUACAUGAAUAUGAGCCAGUCUGUGGGUCAGAUGGGAUCACAUACUUCAACCCAUGUCUGGCUGGCUGUGUCAACAGCGGUAAUCUUACCACUGGGGUCCGAAAUUACACAGAGUGCACCUGUGUCCAAAGUCGACAAGUGAUCACCCCACCCACCGUGGGCCAGCGCAGCCAGCUCCGAGUGGUCAUCGUGAAAACCUAUCUCAACGAGAAUGGCUACGCUGUGUCUGGGAAGUGCAAACGCACCUGCAAUACCCUCAUCCCCUUCCUGGUCUUCCUUUUCAUAGUUACCUUCAUCACAGCGUGUGCCCAGCCAUCGGCCAUUAUAGUGACACUCAGGUCUGUGGAAGAUGAGGAAAGGCCCUUCGCACUGGGAAUGCAGUUUGUUUUGUUGCGAACACUUGCAUACAUUCCUACUCCGAUUUACUUUGGAGCCGUGAUUGACACCACCUGUAUGCUCUGGCAGCAGGAAUGUGGAGUGCAGGGCUCUUGCUGGGAGUACAACGUGACAUCAUUUCGUUUUGUCUACUUUGGCUUGGCUGCUGGCCUCAAGUUUGUUGGCUUUAUUUUUAUUUUCCUGGCCUGGUACUCUAUCAAGUACAAAGAGGACGGAUUGCAGAGGCAGAGGUGCAGAGAAUUCCCACUGAGCACUGUGAGUGAGCAAGUGGGCCGGCCCAGCAAAGCUGAGAAAUACUCCUGGGCUACAUCAUGUCCAGCCUUCAGCACCCAGGGGGAAUUCCAUGAAGAAACUGCUCUGCAAAAGGGUUUCCCAUGCACCACACAGACAUAUCCUGGACCUUUCUCAGAAGCAAUAAGUUCCUCUGUGGACCCUGGGCUGGAGGAGAGCCCCGAUGCUGCUCUGUAGUGUCCCUGCUGAAGCCUGGAGAAGGAAGCCUGUUUUGUUGGUUGAGUUGAGUAUGGCAAGUUGAGAAACACCUGUGCCUUCUUUCUUUUUUUAA